UAAGAGUUUAAUUGGGAGGAGCGAGAGGAACUUGGAGACUUCUGCAAUACAUCUUCAACUCAGAUAAGGAAUUGGCAUGUGUCCUGCUUUGCAGACAGACCUGGAACCUGUGAGGUUCACAGACCCUUAUGAAAAUUUUAUGCGUCACCACCUUCAGUAUUAUGGUUACUUUAGAGGGCUGAAAGCUAAAGAUGACAGUGUCCUGUUAAAGGCAGCUCCACGACAACGCAGACCCACAGAGGAGGCUGAAAGCGACUCCGAGCGGGAGUCUUCUCUAGAGGAUCAGAAAAAACUAAUUUACUCUCUGUUGCUGGAGGAAUCCCUUUUUAAGAGUAAACAAAUUGUAUUCGAUAACCAAGAAGGACAGGUCAUCCCACGGCUUAAAGAACCCCGGGAUUUAUUUAAUUCUUCCAUACAAAGUGGUGUGCAAACUCCACGGUGGCCAAAGGAAUGCGAUGUUAUCAAAGAAGCUAUCACCCAUAUUGAAUGGGAUCCACCAGACCCAGAGGUUUUCUACAAGGCCACUGGGAAAGAACAAAUGCCUCAGGGAACUUCCGAUGGAAAUGGAAAAGUUGUAUAUGAAAUUAAACAAGCUUAUAAGGGAUCCUACUUCAUUGGUUCACGGACACGGGGGCGCCCCUGUGCCACCAAUGCACCUUGCGCCAGUUUUAAUGCACAGACUAACAACGACCUGCAGUUUGAAUCUCGAUUUGAAAGUGGGAACCUUCAGAAAGCCAUCAAAGUGGGGGUAAAUGAAUAUGAGCUAACGUUACGCACUGAUCUCUACACUAGCAAACACACCCAGUGGUUUUACUUCCAGGUGAAAAACAUGAGGAAAGGUGUACCAUACCGAUUCACAAUUACCAACUUGAUGAAGAGUAACAGCCUAUACAAUGCAGGCCUCAAGCCUUUACUAUAUUCUGAACAGGAAGCCUUGCUCAAUGGCAUAGGCUGGAGGAGAGAAGGCAAAGACAUAAAGUACUAUAAGAGCUCAGGAAUCCAAGAUGGAAACACAUUGUAUCGUUUGACGUGGACUUUCGAAUUCCAACACGAUGAUGACACUUGUUAUUUUGCUCACUGUUACCCAUAUACUUACUCAGACCUACAGAGGGAUCUUCACAGUGUGGCCAAUGACCCCAUACGUUCUCAGUAUUGCAAGCUACGACCUCUCUGUAGGAGCUUAGCCGGGAAUACAGUCUAUCUGCUCACCAUUACUUCUCCCUCUUCAAAACUUAUGGCAGCUGCCAAGAAGAAAGCAGUGGUGGUGACGGCAAGAGUCCACCCUGGAGAGACCAACGGGUCCUGGAUGAUGAAAGGUUUCUUGGAUUUUCUUCUGAGUGACUCUCCGGACGCUGAGCUCUUGAGGGAUACAUUUAUCUUCAAGGUAGUCCCCAUGCUGAACCCUGAUGGGGUUAUAGUUGGAAAUUAUCGCUGCUCUUUAACCGGGAGAGACCUGAACAGGAACUACAGAAGCAUGCUGAAGGAUUCCUUCCCCUGCAUUUGGCACACGCAGACCAUGAUUAAACGGCUCGUAGCCGAACGAGAAGUUCUCCUGUAUUGUGAUUUCCAUGGACACAGUCGUAGGAGCAAUGUCUUCAUGUAUGGCUGUAACAACAAGGGUCCACCAGAAACAAAACUUCAUGAGAGAGUGUUCCCACUAAUGCUGAGUAAAAAUGCCCCUGACAAGUUUUUAUUCAAGGGCUGUAAGUUUAAAGUACAAAAAAGCAAAGAAGGAACGGGGAGGAUUGUAAUGUGGAGAAAGGGAAUCGUGAAUAGUUACACCAUGGAGUCAACGUUUGGAGGAUCUACCCUAGGCAAUCGAAAAGGCACCCAUUUCAGUGCCGCCGAUCUAAAAUCCAUGGGCCACCACUUUUGUGACACAUUGCUGGACUACUGUGAUCCUGACAACAGCAAGUUCAAGCUGUGUGUGUCUGAACUCCAGAGCUUAGUGGAAGAAGAAAUAAGGGAGAAGCUGAAGCGACUUGGACGCGAUGUAGAUUCAGAUAUCAAUCUGAGCGAUAUCUCAUUGUCAGAUCUUGAAUCCAGCACAGGAGGAUCCAACAGUUCAGAAUCAGAUGGACUUCCAGCUCAUUUACUUCAUAUUGCAGAAAAGCUCUACCCAAAGAAGAAACGCCUUAGGUCACGAAAGGAGAGAAAUAGAUUGUAUAAGAAACGUCACACCAAACACCAAUCAAAACCACAGGAAAUUGCGGAUAUUUCUGAACCUGCUAGCCAAACUGUAAAGCCUGCACCCUCCAAAGUAUCUGGGAAAUAUGACAAGGAGAAGAGGAAUGCUAAGAUGAAGUCACAGGAAGGUUCUUUAUCACAGAACUCAGCAGGGGGUCAGACAUCCUCAGUGCAAACAACAGAAAAGCCUGUUCUGUCAUUCUCUCGCAAGCCAGAAUCAGUUACCGUGAAGACUCAGUUGAUCAACAAACUCCCAACGUCCUACGUCGGAGAGUUCUCUGUGGUUGAUCAUGUUUGUCAUCGCCAUGUGACCGUCAAAUCCCGUGAAGCUGGAAAUGGGAAUCGUCUGCCCCUAAUUAUAACAGUUAUCCAGAGAGCCAGUGUGCCUCCAUAUUCAAAAGAUGUACCAUCUAUAAAGCAGCACCCUCCACCAUUCCAUGCCAUGCUGGACUUUAACAGUAAGAGAAGACAGGUUACAGACAAUGUGCUCAAAAGAGAAGCACCAAUUGUAGCGCAUACAUCACUGACAGCAGGAAUAAAACCGUACAGCCUCCCAUCAAACAUGGAGAAACAAAAAUACUUUGAAGCCUCUGCAACACCAGUGGAUUUGCAGCUUAGCCUCAGCCCAAAGAUCAGCAAGACAAGAGGAAUCCGUCGAGAGUCACUCAUGUCCCUUGUGUCUUCAGACUACUUUGACAGUUUACUGCUCAAGCCAAAGAAAGAAUUAUUGGACACUCCAAAUAAAGUGCGUGGUCUAACCAAGUCAGAAUCUUACCUCCAAUCUGCUUCCGGUGAUUCAAAACGUCCAAAGCAGCUGCCCUUACGAUGAGAGAUCAGUCUUCCAGCAGCAACAUUUCUGAAGAGGAUAGAUGUAUUGUGUGCUUUAUCAACCCCACAGAUUGACAAUUUGUGAGAUCAAAUGAAAUAAGAGUGGAAUACAUUAAUUCUAUGGAGAUUCAGUAGCUUUAAGUAUUAUGGUUAAUGAUGAACAGUCAUGUUUUAAACUUUAUUUAAAUCCCCUAUUACAAAUCAGGUAUUAUACUCUAUAUAUUUGGAUCAAUUCAGCACAUUUUAACAAUGUGCAGAGGGCGGCAUUAGUUACAAGUGUAUCCAAAUUCAUGUGCCCUUGAGGUUUCACUUCUCUGCAAAAUGCUAGCGACAGUUUGUAAUGUCAUAUUGUAGACUGACAUGCAAACGAAAUCAUGCAGGUAGUGGAAGUUGGCAAUGCUGGGAAUAUAUCACCCCUGUUACAAUGUCAUUAGUGUUUCCUGGGCUGGAAACUGUCAAUUCCUUUAAGAGAUUGUACCUGUAUUAUCUUUAACGCCUGGAUCUCAGGAUGGUAAUUUGGACAGAUCACCUAAAAACUUUGAUAACCAAUACUACAAAAGUUGUGUUUACAUGUUUGUAGUUAAAUACCUUAAUGACAAAAUCAAGCCAAUAUGAAUAAAGUGUUUGUUAUGGUCAGGUGCUA